AUGUUCGUCCUUUGCCGACUUAUUCCCCGCGCCAUCCGAAAGCGCCGCGGCGCCGCCAAUGGAAAUCCCUCAGCGCCGCGAAAUGCCGCCGAUACCCAGGGCUCGUCGCCAGAUCCAGCCGCCGGUUACCACAUCUACGCCCUCUCUGAGGGCUCUUCAACACCUGUCGGCGCCAAUAACGAUGCCCAGAAAUCCCCCUUCAACCUCAAUGUGAUUUGCGCGUCGCAAGCGCAACUCCCCGAGGACUCGCCGCUGCUUGCCCGUUUCUUACUGGACCCACCCUCUUCCGCAUCCUCCCAUCUCCUCAGAUCCUCCACUACCGAGAAGCAUGUCGUGGUGUCGACCCGUUCGGGACUGUGUCUGGCAGAGGGCUUCUACAAGCGCGUGCUGGCCCCGUUGCUGGCGGCCGUUGGGCUGAGUGAAGCUGAUUACAGGCUGACUGUGACGCGGGAUAAGAAUACUAUUCGGGAUCUCGCGCGGGGUUUGGCCGGAAACAGUGCCGGAGAUGGUGAGAAGUUAGUGGUACUGCUGAGCGGGGAUGGUGGCGUGGUGGAUAUGUUGAACGGCUUGGACCACGCUCGGGAUCAGGCAGGGCACUCAUCAACAACACCACUGCCGCCGCGCCCGCCGACGAUCGCCCUCCUCCCACUCGGCACAGGCAAUGCCCUGUUCCAUUCCCUGCACAAGCCGCAUUACUCUGCAUCACCGGCCCCGUCGCCUCUCGUGCUCGCGCUGCGCACCCUCUUUAGCGGCCGGCCGGCCCCGCUGCCCACCUUUCGAGCGACCUUCUCGCCGGGCGCGAGGCUAGUAGCCGGCCAUGCUCCGCCACCAUCAUCAUCACCACAAGCCCAGGAACAAUCACAGUCCAGCGACAGCCAAGGACAGCCGGUAACGCACCUUGUCGGCGCCAUUGUCGCGUCGUACGGCUUCCACGCCAGCAUCGUCUGGGAGAGCGAUACGCCCGCCUACCGCGUCCACGGCGACAAGCGCUUCGGCAUGGCCGCGGCGGAGCUGCUCAAGAUUGCCCACGCCUAUGAUGCGCAAGUCAAAGUGCGGGUGCCGGGAGAAGGUGGCGGCAACAGUUUCGCGCCGCUGCGCAGCAUAACCAGCAGCGACGACGAUGAUGGCAGGUUCAGCUACAUCCUCGCGACCAUGGUGUCCAACCUCGAAAAGACAUUCACCAUCUCCCCCGGCAGCCGGCCGCUGGAUGGGCGGUUGAGGCUAGUCCAUUUUGGCCAUGUCAGCGGGGAGAAGACGAUGGAAAUCAUGCAGGCUGCGUAUAAGGACGGGGCGCAUGUGGGUAUGGAGGAGGUCGGGUAUGAGGAGGUGGAGGAGGUCAAGGUCACGAUUGCCGAGGAGGAUGCGCGGUGGCGGAAGGUCUGUAUCGACGGCAGUAUCGUCGAGAUUGAAAGAGGCGGUUGGAUGGCGGUGGCGAAGGAGCCCACCGAAACAGUAAGGGUGUUGGUUGAUGACAGUGUUACUAGUGCUGCGGGUGUUUGAUCUGGCAUUUUAUACAUAGUGACACAUUCACAGCUGCACAGUCUCAAAUC